ACAACAGCCUGGCUGCAGACAGAGAUCAGUUACAGGGAACUCUGGACAAGAUGACUGUUAAAGUACAACGCAUGGUCUGUCAGACACAAUGGAGAAAGUUUGAAACGAGCUGCUAUUUUGUUUCUACCGAGACGAAGAACUGGACAGAAAGCAGACAAGCCUGCAUUGCUGAAGGAGCAGAUCUGGUCGUCAUAAACAGUCACGAUGAACAGGUGUUUGUUAAUAGUGUACUGGACGUAAAGCAAAAUGCCUGGAUGGGUUUAACUGACAGCCUGAACGAGGGGGUUUGGAUGUGGCUCGAUGGGACCCCGGCCACUACAACAUACUGGGAGCCCGGGCAGCCCAACAGCUACUCCGGAGACCAGGACUGUGGAGAAUUUAUUCAGUAUUCAUCAGAGGGACAUUGGAACGAUGAUGGUUGUUUUGCUGACCAGAACUUUAUCUGCGAGAAAUAA